AUGGCAUCAGGAACCGCCUUGACCACCUACCUCCACCGCCUUACCGAGGUCCUCCCGCCCACGCUGCGCCAGAACCCCAGGGCCGCCGCCAUCGCCGUCGCCAUCACAGCCCUCGGCGUCUCCAUUCCAACCUUGUCCUACGCCCGCGCCAGCUACCGCGGGUACAUAGCUCUAGGCAAAGGCGGCAUGCCCUACAACGUCUUCGGCUGGGCUCUGCAGGGCGUCCUCCAACUCAUCGCUCGGCACGACACACGCGACCCUCUGCCGCUUGCCAAGCCCCAGAACCGGACCGCCACGGAGCCGCACGGCAACAAGACCUUUUUCUCCUCUGCCCAGGUCCCGAUUCCCGAGCGCCAGGGAGGCCGCCCUGAGGUGCCUGGGUACGUCGCCCCGCAGAGGCAGAUGACGCAGCGACCCAGCGAUGUGGAGGCGAUGCGGGCGCGGAUGGCGGCGCACCUGGUCAAGCUGGCGGCCAAGGGUGCGGGGGUGCUGGUGAUGCGGCCGUCCGGGCUCGAGGGCGUGGGGACACAGGCACUCUGGCUCGACACGAGGGCGAGGGCGUCUUCGGCAAGCCCUCCUCUGCCGAAAUUCCUCGCGCGGGGCCUGAAGGGCGAGGUGACGCACGUGCACCCGGAGGCGAGCUCGCACAUCACGCUGAGCAUGGCGGACGCGGAGGAGGUCGUGCGGAAGGGCUGGGCGGAGCGGCACCCCCUGAGCGGCGUGGCGUUUAUGCCGUGGAGCUAUGUCAUGAUCUAUGCGCCGCGCGACGAGGCAGAGUUGGAGGUGUGGAAGGCCAUUAUGAGCGCUGGGGUGCGGUUUGUAUGUGCUGCGGCUGGGAGGGAGGUGAAUCUGGAAUGA